AUGGGCGGUGCUGUUGAUUCCUCAGCGGCGAUGGAUGCUGCAGCGCAGGCGCGCAGGGCUGCCCUCCGGGGCUCCUCCGGCAUGGCAGGGUUGGUUCAGAAUCGGAAGGUUUUUGGAAUUGCCAUGUUUGCGUGCUUGGGAGGUCUUUUGUAUGGUUAUAACCAGGGAGUGUUUUCAGGCGUUUUGACAAUGUAUUCUUUCGAGACGCACGUAUGGUCUCCUCAACCUUCGCUGUUUCAAGAGGACUUCCUGCUAAUAUUGUCCCAACAGAUGGGUGACGCUGUCACCAAUCAAACGAAGAAAGGCUGGUUGACUGCGAUUCUCGAACUCGGUGCCUGGUUCGGCGCUUUGUAUUCUGGAAUUCUCUGCGAGAGAAUCUCCCGCAAAUAUACGAUCCUCUUGAACGUAUGCAUCUUCUGCAUCGGCGUUGUAGUUCAGACGACAGCUGGUACCAGUGGUGCUGGCUCAUCUCACAUCCUGGGUGGUCGUUUCGUGACAGGUAUGGGAGUUGGCAGUCUCUCCAUGAGUGUUCCCAUGUAUAACGCGGAGAUUGCACCGCCAGAGGUCAGAGGUUCCUUGGUUGCCAUGCAACAACUCGCUAUCACGUUUGGUAUCAUGGUAAGAAGGCAGCUAUCACCCUCACAAACUAUGCGAUCAUGUCAUACUAAUCGAUGUCACAGGAUCAACUACGGAACAAACCAUAUCGGCGGCACAGGAUCGGCCCAGAAGGAUACCGCAUGGCUUCUACCGCUUGCUCUGCAGCUUGUGCCGGCCGUUGUUCUCGGAAUUGGCAUGAUCUUCAUGCCAUUCUCUCCUCGUUGGCUCGUCCACCAUGACCGAGAGGAGGAAGCCAAGAGGGUUCUCAUGAGCCUUCGCGGUCUCUCUGCAGAUGAUCCGCUUCUUCAACUUGAAUUCCUGGAGAUCAAAGCCCAGAGUCUCUUUGAGAAACGAACCGAGAAGGAAAAAUUCCCUCAUCUAGAGAGAACCAAUACCUGGAGUUACAUCAAGCUGGAGGCGGCGGGAUUCGCUAGUCUUUUCACGACCUGGCCGAUGUUCAGACGCGUCAUGGUUGCUACAGUCACGAUGACAUUCCAACAAUGGACCGGCGUGAACGCCGUGCUCUACUACGCCCCAUCUAUCUUUGAACAGCUCGGUAUGAGCAGCAAUACCACCUCGCUUCUCGCCACCGGUGUCGUCGGUAUUGCCAUGUUCAUCGCAACAAUCCCAGCCGUCAUCUGGGUCGACAACCUCGGCCGCAAACCCGUCCUGGUAGUCGGAGCCAUCGGCAUGGCGGCCUGCCACUUCAUCAUCGCGGGUAUCUUCGCCCAGAACGAGAACCAGUGGGACUCGCACAGAGCCGCUGGCUGGGCUGCCGUCGCCAUGGUCUGGCUCUUCGUCGUCCACUUCGGAUACUCAUGGGGACCAUGCGCCUGGAUCAUCAUCGCGGAGAUCUGGCCGCUCAGCGUGCGGGCAAAGGGCACAGCGCUGGGUGCUUCGGCCAACUGGAUGAACAACUUCAUUGUCGGCCAGGUCACACCCGACAUGCUCCAGGACAUCCGAUACGGAACCUACAUCUUCUUCGGCGUCAUUACCUUCUUCGGCGCGUUGUUCAUUGCGUUCCUGGUUCCCGAGACAAAGCAGCUGUCUCUCGAGGAAAUGGACGUCAUCUUUGGCUCCGAGGGAACCGCCGUCUCCGACUUCGAGCGCCAGGCUGAGAUCUCGCGCGAGAUUGGUCUUGAUGAAGCCCUGGGGCGGCUUACCAGUUCUGUUCCCGCGGAACUGCGUGAGGUCGAAGUGAAACAGGCUUGA